UCUGAUUGUAUCGAACAAGUGAACCACUGACUGACUCUCAUCAAAUUCGAUUUCAUCGUCGUCACUCGUCAAUCGCCAAAUCAACAAAAUCGUCUUCCUCGUUCGUAUCGUUCACUCAGCUUUUUUCCCAUCUUCUUCUUCGCAUCACAUAUUCUUCAUUACUAAUAUAUCUCCUACUCCAGUCUUCCUCCAUGAAUUCCUGUAGCUUAGGAGCUCCUAAAGUUAGAAUUUUUGCAACAAAUUUCAGUAGAUUAAGAUGUGGAAACUUGCUGAUACCGAACAAUCAAAGACUAUUUGUUGACCAAAGCCCUAUGAAGUAUCUGAGUCUGAGAACGACUCUGCGAUCUGUGAAAGCUAUCCAAUUGUCUACUGUCCCACCUGCAGAAACAGAAGCUAUUGCAGACGUAAAAGAUUCUGACGAGACCAAAUCAACUGUUGUGAAUACUCACCUCAUGCCCAAGUCCUCCGAGGUGGAAGCACUCAUCAGCGAAAUCACCGAUUCCUCAUCCAUUGCAGAGUUUGAACUCAAACUGGGAGGUUUCCGCCUGUAUGUAGCAAGGAAAUUAACUGACGAAAGUAGUCCACCACCUCAGCAAAUUCAGCCUGUGGUUGCUGCAAGCGCAACUCCUGAGGGGGUUCACACUAAUGGCUCAGCUACUUCUUCGUCAUUGGCUAUCACAAAAACAUCAUCUUCUUCGGCAGACAGACCACAAACACUCGCUAACAAAGCUGCUGAUCAGGGUUUAGUGAUUCUCCAAUCUCCAACGGUCGGUUAUUUCAGGAGAUCCAAGACCAUAAAAGGGAAACGCACUCCUACAAUCUGUAAAGAGAAAGACAUAGUGAAAGAAGGUCAAGUUCUAUGCUACAUUGAACAGCUCGGUGGCCAAAUCCCAGUUGAGUCUGAUGUUUCCGGAGAGAUUGUCAAAAUACUCCGCGAAGAUGGCGAGCCUGUAGGAUACAACGAUGCUCUCAUCACAGUACUUCCCUCAUUUCCUGGCAUCAAGAAGCUUCAGUAAGAACUGAUUUUGGCUUAAUUGUGUUUGUGCUUUGUGUAUUUUGCUUCUUAGUUUUUCUCCACAUAGACAAAAAUAAGCUCUACUCCAAAAAAUCUUUGUCCGUACCAUUACCUUUGUUUUACCAAAAUUUAAUUGAAACUUUUUUGUUUACCACUGAUAUUAGAACAUUUCAUUCUUAUACAUGAUCG